AUGUUCGCGUCCUUCUCUCUGCCCAUGAGAGCGGAGCGCAGCCGGAAUAAGGAGCGGCUGGAGGCCAGCCUGGCCGGCCUGUGCGAGCUGGAGCUGCUCAAACAGAGGCAGGAGGCCCGGGUGCUGAGUGCCCUUUGCCUCGGGGACUCCUCGGGUCCUGGGCGGCCGCCUUGGGGAGCUCUGCGGUCUGCACGAUGCGCUCUGGACGCACCAAGAGGCGACGCAGCGGAUGAGCAACAUGUAAGUUGUGUUUCUGUGAGGAUGUUUCUUUGUGUUACAGAAACAGACUUUACAGAGGCGUGAGGUGUGUUUCAAAACUUUGCAUAUGAAGGGCGUCAGUGUGAUCCCGUUUGUCUGCAGCAGAAAGAGAAUGGAUCAGUUCACAUCAACCUCUUACUUUGAGACUUUGAGGGAUCUAAUGUGUUUUAGUGUGAAAUAGCUUAUUGUCAGCAGUCUCUUCUGUCAUCUCGCUGUGGUAACUUCAUGAUUAGAGGCUCUGAGUGUGUGUGUGUAUACCAUAGAGGAGACCAUAAGUCUGUCAUUGACCUCAGAGUGAAGUUAUGAAAAUGCCCCUGUUACCAUUUAAGGGCAGACCUGGUGGAGCUCUUUGUCUCAGCUGAACGGGAUGGAUUCAGCAGACAUCUCUGGGGUUUGGAUACAGAACAGUCUGACUGUGAUGAGUGGUAGAACUGAGGUCACUGGGCUUCAUGGAGACUGGUCUAGACUGCAUCAGACCCUGUGGGACUCUUUGAAGUGGAGUCCAACAUCAGAUUCAGACUUUUCACGUUCACCGAGUGUCUCUGUUUGGUUUAGAAACUGGCGGUGAGGUUGGUUUGAUGUCCUGAGCUGAUCAUGGUGAGGGUUUUAAGAGACCUCAAAUGAAAAGUACAGAACACCUAAUCACACAGUUCAUGAGCAUAACAUCAGCAUGCCAUGUAGGGGAGUCCUCCCCAGCUUUUUCAGACCCCUAUCUGAUGUUUUUAAAAGAUUGGAUAUCUACCAAUACCGAGUCCAGAGCCAAUAUUUGUAGUUGCCAGGGUAACAGAGCUAUACUUGUUGCAUGUGAUUAAAGCUCCCAUGAGGAGUUUUCAGCUGGAUUCAAAACACACUGAAACUGAAAGUGAUGUCUUUUAAUGACUUCCAAAAUCAAACAUGACCAUCAGCAACAAGAAAAACAACUCUGUGUGUGUGUGUGUGUGUGUGUGUGUGUGUGUGUGUGUGUAAGCAGCGAGGGGGUAUGUAUUCGAUAUUGACAGCACACUGUAGACCACCUCUUUUCUAAAUGUUCACAGCAGCUAUUCACAGUGAGGGGUAUAUUGAACUGCUUCAAGGGACCAGGAUGAAGUUUUUGUCACAAAGAAGAAACUCAUGUGUGCAGGACAAGAUCUUUAAGGAGAUAAGAUCCUAACUAUGUCCACAGAAGGCACCGAAAUUAACCGACACAAAAAAUCCCUCACAGGAGCUUCGAUUGGUGGUGAAAAGGCACAUCAUUCACUAGACUUGUCUUUGUAUUGAGGAUUCACUAAUGUAAUCAAGUGGAUCAAACUGGAGGCAAGGUUGAAGCUUAAGCUCCCUGGUCGGUGGUCCUCUCUAAGGAAAGGAUGCAUUUCAGGACUGUUAGGGCAGGGAUCACACCAGCUGUAGCUGCAGUCUCUGCAUUCACAACCCACGUCAGCUCCUAAAUCCUUGACGGCCUUCUCUACCAGUCCCAAUUGGUCGGCAGUUAGUGAAGGGUAUAGAGUUGCAGGGUUAAAUGUAUGCUGUUGAACAUAGCUGUAGUAUUGUAAGUGGCUGUUGGACUCUUUUAACUUUUUAGUUUCAAAUAUUUUUUUUUAUCAAUUAUAUUUUAGCCACAAGGUAGCUACUGUCAUGUAGAGUCAGCAUUCAUGCAUUUUGAACCACUUGACUAAAAUCCUCAUUUAUUAUUAUUUUUUAGGGAAAUCAAGAAUGGUCAGGUACAAAAAGUUACUCACAGGUUUAUGUUCCACCGCAUACUGAACGUGCCUGUGCUGCAGCAAGGACUUAGCAGGAGGAAAAUGGUGCAAUCACCAUGAACUAAAUGCCCUUGAUGAUCCGUUCGGGACAGCUGAUGCAGGAUGAUGGGCUCAAGUUGCUGGUCCCCCGGUUGGGAAUUACUUCAGGACAUCCCUAAAGUCUUAAGAUGCACAGAAUUAAAGCACUGGUAUAUUUUUAGUGUACAUCACUAAAUCAGGUGACUGUGUGGUCUGAGGCAAGUUUUCUCAGUGGGACUGUUGAGUCUGUUUUAUCUUAUCUCAUCUCUUUAUGCACACAGCAACAGAAUGAGACUUUGCUGCAUCCUGGCUGCUUUACAUGACAAACAAAAAAGUAAGAAAUGUUUGUUGACAGAGUCUGCGUUUCCCAGAGAAAUGAUAAUUACUGUAUGAACCUUUGGAGCAGAUAAUGAAACUGUGCUGCCCUUUUUCUGACUUUGCUGAUUAAGGCAGAAUGAUUUGACAAUAAUCUCAUUGGAUUCUUUCUUGGAUUGGAUUCUUUAACCAAUCCUGCAAAAGCAGUUAUGACUGUAAGUCAUGUAAUGUGAGUGAGUGAGUGUGAUACAAGGCCACCACUGUCACACACUCUAACAUUCUCCCUUACACACCGUGAAACUCACACUCUCACUCAUAAACGGUCUCCUUCUCUUUCUCUCUCACACAUGCACUCAAGGUAUUAACUUACCAUUUUCAAUAUGUAAUCUGUGCCUUAAACACUGGAGUCUGGUCUUUUCAUUAAACCUCCAUCCCUCUGUUUGAUUCAUGUCUGUUGCAGUAAGGAAAAUCUCCUGUUUCCACCCCUGCAAAUUUGAGUUACCCUCAAAUAAGUUAUACUGAUAACAUUUCCAUCCAGUCAAGUGGCGUUUGGCUGACUUGACACACGAGGUGUUGGCAUUUUAGUGUUCUAACUAUUAUGGCUUUGUGUGUAAGAAUAAAAGCAAAGGUAGCAAGGAAGGUUCUGCACAAAACCUGAGGCUUAACAGCAUUUUCUUUUUCAAAAGCCAGAGUCUCACACAAUCAAAGUACUGUUCCUCUUUGUCACAAAAGUUUACAUGGUGUCAGGUUAUGUCAAGCCUAAAGCCAUUGUGCUACAGGUCAAAGCAUGGCGUGCUAAGUUGAUGCUUCCUAUUUUAGCCGGCUGCUGUUCUACUCUUGCUUGUAAGUCAUGUGAUGUGUUUUAUCACGUUUUAUUGUUAUCACAAAUGCAAUUAACCGUCAAGCUCUGUUGCUGGCGCAGGUAGGGGUUAGAAACAGGACGCUGUGUUUGAAAUAAGGGCGUCACCAUGUUUGCGUUCUUCACAUGUUGAAUAAGACAAAGACAUGAUGAUACUCUGCAAACUCUGGCCCAGUUUUGUGAAACAAAUGACUGAGAUAAGGCUUGGUUUUCUCUGGGAUCCCUCCAGCUCCUCUCCCUGAGUUUGAGCCUGCAGGGUUUGUGCACUGUGGGGAUGAUCUGACCCCUCCCCGGUGACUGAGAUAGAGAGCAAUGCAGGCCCGUCUGCAUGAAGGAUCACGAGUACACCAUCAGGCUUUACUCAGACUGGAACAUGAGGCAGCUCACUGAGUGGCCAGUGAAGAGCUCCAAGACAAAGAAACUAUGGAAACAACAACAUACUGUAGAGGAAAACAAGCAGCCGGACUCUAUCAGUGCUGAGGAAUCCUCAUCCUAAUCACUGGUCAUCUGUCAGAGAGUUACAAAGAUCUACUGAGCAUAAAGCAUUUACUUCAUGAAGUACAAGAAUGUAGUAAUUGAGUGUACUCAAGACCCACACGUGCCCCAGUCUCUGUCUCACUCUGAGCCUCAUGCUGCAGCAUUAAGGUGUCUGCACAGCUGCAGGGCUGUUGACAGAUGGAUGCUUGAAAUAGCAGGAGGGACAGUAGGAUACCAGCAGUGUUUAUGAACAACAGUGAUCAGAUAAAGGGUUAAACUGUCUCAAAUUCAACAGAGAGACCCUCUGAAAAAACAGACUGACUGAUUUAGAAGAUAAAAACAACUGAAGCUCACGAUCGUAUGUAGAUCUGUAUCAGAUGGACUUUGUAAAUUGGCAAUAAUUUAUAAUCCAAGAACAUGUUUGUUCAUUAUUAAAUGACUUUAAAUGGCCUGUUCAGCCCUGUUUAGCUAUGACCACAGACUCUUUACAGACUUGAGAAAAAAUAAAACGAUUUACUGUCAGUGAUUAAAUUUGUCUAGAUGGUUAAGUACGGUAGUAUAGAAUAAUCCACAACAAUAGUCAGAAAUACAUGUGAAGUGACCGAAGAGCCUACAGAGUUAAGAGUUGGUCAGUAAUAAAGAAAAAGAGAAAUAUGAAAGGAGUUACAGUCAUGUUGAUGUGAGAGAAGUAUAUCUAUUAUGUGAAAUUUCUAUGUUUUGAAAAUUAGAAGAAGAAUCUGUGUUGUUGGUCAAGUAUGGGUGCACAAAUAAUGCAUUUAUACUUUGCUUGGUACAUACAAAAAUAGAAAAGUAUAACACUAGCAUGUUAAUGACAUUAGUCACACCGACUGCAGUUAGGACAACAACAGUGCAAGGGCAAAUGGAGCAAAGGAUGCUUGAUAAUGAAAAAGGAAAUACACAAACAUCUGUAAGAGCUCUUAGAUGACCAACUUUUGAAACAGCGGUUCAUAUUUCAUAGUUAACUAUCUGUUAGUCCUAAUGUAACCAACAAGAUAAUAAAAUAAAACAAAUUAAAAUAAAAUGAAUAUUUCACCUGUGCUGUCUAUCUAUGUUAUGAUGGGAUGGUCUGUUGAGUAGUGCCUAUACUGACAGUGGUACACUGCCCUACUUCACUGUAAUUAACAUAAAAAUAUUUUACUGUUUAAAGUUUUAAGGUAUUUAUUUCCUCUGAGUGUUUGUUGACCAGGGGUAGGUACGAUCACUUAAUGAAUCUUUUUGUCAGGUUGAAGUUGCUAGGCAACCUGUGGAGACUCAAGGAUCACUGCACUCUGAUAAAAUAAUCCAGAUGUUAAAAGCUUUUAAAGAUUACAGCCUCGAUCACACAGCCUGGACCAGGAUGUGAAAGGUCAGAGGGGUCUAUGAGCUGACGAAGGCGUCUCACUGGUGUCUGUGAUUUAUGUUAUACAUUUGUUCAUGAUACUGUUGUCCUCAUUGCCCCUUUAAGUCUGUUCACAGUAUUCUCCCUGUGAGGUUGUUGACGGUCCCUUACAGUAUCUGGAGGCUGUUCCUUUAGGGCAGAUGAGGAAAACACCUGGUUUAUCCAGGUGAGUCUGAGUCCAGUAAAAGUUCAUUUCCAUUAGCCUACUGUGGAUUAUAAGAGUUACUGCAGAGCAACCAUGUUAACUUCACUGCAGGACUGUAAAUCUCAGUGUAGGUCAGAGAACAGGUGGUCAUGGAAAUAAAGUUACUUUAAGUGUUUUUUGGAAAAAUUUUUGUUGAAUGUUCAAGAACAAAAUUUCAGACUUUUUUUCACAGUUUGAUGAAGUGUAAAUGUAAGGUUUGCAUUUACUUACUUCCCCAAACAUUUGAAUCUAAAUUACAGCUAUAAAAAUGGUAUUUUCCAACUCUUGCUGUCAAUAUAUGGCUGCUCUAUUCAUAAAAGACCGGCCUUAGCAAGUGCUGAGUGAACAUGAGGCUGUUUUAUUCCCUGACUGCACUCUCACUUUGGCCUGUGCUCUCUCUGUCAUCAUGAGCUCUCAUUUUAUGUCUAUUGUUUUAUUCCUGUCUGCCUGUACUCACCUGAAAUCUGCUCCCACAUCUGUUCAGUCUCAGUCCUCCACCCUCCCAUCAUUCCUCCUGCCAUGUUCACUAAUCUUUACAGUGUGAUUCAAAAAAUGUGUGACCUGGUGUGUAAUAUGUGUGAUGGUUUUGGAGCUGGUAUAAACAGACAAGCCCUGUUUAUGAUCCAGCUUAAAGCGCGGGAAUUCUUCAUGUCAAACACAUGUCAGAAAUGUUGAACUUAUGUUUAAGUUUGUGAAUGCAAACUCUGACGUUUUUUGCUAUAAGCCAGCUUGACUGAGUUUGUGUCUGAUUGUGAUGAGAUGAAAGAAGAGGUAGAGGAGCUCCUGUGUGUGAUGCAGACUGUCUGUGUGUGUUAGUGUAGUGUAGUUUGUGUAUUUAUUCUUCAGCAGGAUCUGCUGACAGCCAUGUGACGGCCCACAGCAGCUGGAGAGGCAGCCCAACCUUCACUGUGGCCUCCUGCAUGUCAGGGGCCUAAUGAGGGGCAUGCUGAGAUCUGCGUGUGUGUGUGUAAGUGUGUGUAAGUGUGUGCGUCUGUUUGGUUACAUACCAACAAUGAUGAUCAUGAAAGCACAGAGUAAUGCUGAUGAUCUUGCUGCAGUGAGUGGAAGGGAAUAAAUGUCGUGUGCUGACGUGAAAACAGAGGCAGGAUCAUGAGUGUGAAGUAGUUUCAUUAAACCCUGAAGCAGCUGACUAAACAUUAGUCUGGAUAAAUGAUGGAUGUAGCCACCAUGAUGUCACUCAGCGGUCUGUGACUGCCUUUCGAAGACACAGAAGAUCAGCAUAUUAGCAGUAGGUGUGUUGCUUUUAGCCUAAGAUUAGUGUUUUCAAAUCAGAAAGUGGAGCUGAAGAGGAGAGUGGAAUUUGAUAUCAUACAUAAACAAUGUACACCAUGACUUUAAUGAGCUAGUUUACCCACAGAGAGAUGGUAUCAGACUGAGUGAUUCAUCAGACUGAAGGGAUAUAGAAGUGCCAGUGACAUGGGUUACUUGUCUUAAUGCUGCUCCAUUAAAGCUGAACAAUAUAUUCAGAUUUUGGAGCAGCACAUGCCGACAUCCGGACAAUGCCUUUGUCAGGGAACAUCUUGUAUAUAUAAGCAAUGCAAUACCGCAGUCUUCAUGUGUUACACCAGCAUGGCUCUGUAGCCGAAGAGUCCAGGUGCUCAACAUGUCUGCCUGUAGUCCUCAUUGAAAACACUUGGUGAAACCUUUAGUUUAGGAUGGACCCUAAACUUGUAAGCAGCCAAUAUACUUUGUCAAGCGACGUGGACUUUUUACUUUUAAAACUUGAAAACUUAAUAUGAAAUUAAGUUUUAAAUGAUAUGUAAACAAUCAAAUUAUGUUUUUAUCGCUUUCCAAACUUUUUUUUUUUAAAAUUAGGGUCAUACAUGUUUAUUUCUACUACAGGAUAUAACCACUAGUGAACACUGUCUGCUGCUUUUUGGUCUUCAGUGUUCACUUCAUUUUUCAGCCCUAGAAGUUGCUGCUGCUUAUUCCCACUUAAGCAAUUAAUCAUCUGUGGCUUAAGUGAGCUACAGUGAUGCUCUGUGACUGUCCUAGUGACUCUGUGUUAGUGUGUGUGUGCUCAGAGUGUGUACAGUGUGUACUCACAAACACUAAGGGCAGUGAUGAAUGUGCUCUGCUGGCUUUUUGUGUCUGUGGGGGUCUGUGGGGAGAGGGAGGGUUCCUUUGUAAGGUCUCCAAAACAAAAAGUAUGACUUGAUUACAUAAAGUCACAGCUGUGAAGCUUCAUUUUCAAACGUUUGAGGCUAAAACAGACUUUAAUCCUCCACCCACCCACUAAGCUCUGAGGAAAUAAGAGGAAUGUAAAGACAACUUAGCAAAUGACAGAAACACAUCAGUCAUUUAGAUUUAACUGAAGCCUACAGACACAACUGCCAGUUACUUUGGCCGGGUAGCAAAAAGGUUUGUUAAAGUACAAACCAUAGCAAAAAAUAAAAGUCUCAAAGUGGAUCAUAAAGACCCCCAGACUCCACUAACUCAAGAGGGAAAUAAUUAGUGUUUAAAAAACUGUAUUAUUUGGUUUUAUCCUCCCGCUUCACUUUUCAUGGUGAUGUGCAUGAAAGGCAUGACUGAUGGUGCCGAGGUUCAGCUCUGGUGGCCGUACUGACUGCAGGGACACAACGAGCAUGAAGAGAAAACUGCAGGAAACACUAACUCAGCCUCUUUCUGGUGUGCUCACUGCGAUGGUUCAUUUCCAGCUGAUGGAAACAUUUGUUGUGUUUAAUGACUGGCACCAGCUGACAACAUAUCUUACUAACUGAUGCUUUGUAGCGAGAAGUGGGAGUUUGUAUUUUUGUGCAGUGAAAUUUGCAAUCUGGCUAGCUGUUGUUACCCUCCCUGCUGUUGUGUGGUAGGCUGUUGCAUCUGUUCAGAGUUUUUGUGUGGAAAUGGGAAUAUUUAUAGAUAUGUGAAUGUUAAAUUGAAACACUCCUUUGCUCACCCCCCUCUAGGACAAGAAGCUGAUGUGGUGCAUGUUAAAAUGAUCCUCUGUUGGAGAAGUUUCUACCAGUUUUUUCCUCUAUACUUCAUCUUCCAAGUGGUGCUAUUUGCAUGGCAACUUACAAAAAUACAAAAUGCAUUUUUGGCGACCUCUGCAUAAGGGAACCUGCUCCAGUUUAGAUUUAAAAAGCUUAAACUUAGAUGACAAAAACAAUAUUGCUUUUAUACUCUGGUAAUUAUGAACACUAUUUUGUAUGUCUGCCAAGUCUGCCCUGAUAAAUACUAGGGGUGGGAAUCAACAGUGGUCCCACGAUACGACAUUAUCAUGAUACUUUGGCCACAAUACGAUAUAAUUGCGAUAUUUAUCAUUUUACAAUACGUAUUGCGAUACAAUAUAGUGAGAUUUAUACCAUUUUUUAAAACUGUUUAGCUAAUUUAGCAUUUGUCUUUCUUUUAUGUUUGUCUUAUUUACACAGUAUAUUAUUUUCAUGUAACACAUCUUGCAAACCUCAUGUGUCAGGUCCAUCUCAUUAGCGCCCUGCUUGCAUUCCUAAUAUCUUUCCCUGGGUGCUGCUAUAUUAGUUGAACUAACUUUCCUCUGCUCUAUGAUGUCACCUCUGCCAACCUCACUGGACAAAAAGUUGAUUUUAUUUUUAUAUUAGGAUAGAUUUUACUUCAUAUUAACAAUUAAUUUGAAAAAAUCUAUACUUGGUAAAUGAGACGAUACGAUGUAUCACCAGACAAAAUAUCCUGAUACUAUGCUGUAUUGAUUUUUUCUCCCACCCCUAAUAAAUACCUCUAAAUACUACAAACUGUACCUUUAAAGUCCUCUGACUUUUCUGCAGUGCUCUCACUGAAGUCCUGUGAGAACAUUACAGUAGGCCUACUACCCCCAAAAGGCCUCUGACUGUGCAGCUGUAGUUGUAUUUAGCUGCAGAGGUAACUCCUAACCUGUCUGGGAAACCUAAAGUGGACAAUUUAAUGGUCCUUUAUAUGGUGGCCAGCAGAUGCAAUCAUGCUUCAGUGGCUCAAACAAUUUCCAAAUGUUUGCAAAUUAUCCAACCCUGAAAAUUCAAAGCCUUGUGGAAGUCUAUCAUGAAUUUAGAUUAGGCUUCAAAAAGACCUUCACAAACUGUUGUGUAUUUUUCAUGUUUGUAGUCAGCGAUGAGUGACAGACAGAGAGGCACUCUGCUCUGGCGUCUGUUUUUUUAUGGUCUGAUAAUCAGUUAAUUCACUGCCUCUUCCCACCAUAACCCCAGUCCACAAUGAGCCUUUUGCACUGAGUGCCUCAUGGCUCUGAAAUGGAAUCUACAGGGUUUUUAAUGUCUUCUCUGUUUGCAAGUCUUUGUGACUUUCCCUCCACAACAUGAUGGAUGUUGAUAUAUUAAUCUAAUCUGUAACUUUUUAUUUACAGCCCAUUUCUGAUGUGUUUGUUUUAAAUAUGUUGGAGCAGAUAGUUGGCUUGUUAUUGUUGUGUGGUUGCACUUGUUGGGCACUGUAGAUCCACCCUCUGCAGACAGAAAAUCAGGAGUGUUGGUGGAGGUGGAGCAGCUGCCACACUGAUGAACAGAAGGCCAUAUAUGGUCCAGUGUCAGCAUGCUGGUUUUAACAGUGCUGUUCUGGUCUGCAGUCCAAACAUGCCGAGGUGACCGAGAGCAUGUGCGUCAUCUCAUUCUGUCAGGCUUUUUCAGCUCUCUACCCUCAGCAUGAAACAUUCAAAACUAUAUGGUAACACACUGGAGUUUUUCAUUGUGAAGAGUCUGCAUGGACAUGUCAUAGAUGUGACAAGCUUUCAGCCCAUCCACAGACACUGAUGUAUGAUGAAGUGAUCUCUCUAUGAAGCACAAUGUCCCUUUAGCUAUAUGCAUGAGGGGAUUUUGCAUAUAUUAAUGUGGUUCCUGCAAAGAAAUAAAAAUCUUAGUGAAUUUUCAACCUACACACUGUAUGGAGCAAAGGCAUUGUCUAUUACCACACACCAGGGCUGGAAUUGAAGAGUAGUUCGGCUAUAAAAUAACCAUUGAAAACAUAAAACAUGUCAUGUAACAACUUCUUUGCUGAUUUAUGCCUUAAAGAUACAAAUAUGUGGAUAUCUUUGCAAAUGUUGGCACAAAAUGUUCUCAAUUCUUGUUCCUAGAUCAGUCAUAUUUCCAAUUUCCUGCAGCUUUAGCUUAGCCUGCAGUGAGCUGUGUGCAGAGGAGCUCAGGUUCAAGCCGAGCAAACCCAGUGACUCCUCAUUUACUCUCAGAAUAGACAAAAACAGCAGCUGUCUCCCUCAUUAUAAAAAGCAAAUGUUUGACAUUUGAUCCUGUAAAACAACAGAAGGUAAAAUCUUUCAGCAUCAACAGUGGGAGAUCAUUUUUACCUUUUUGCAUCAACAAUUUAGUGCAGAUCGAUCUGCAGUUUUUCUGAUAUCAUCAAGGAUAGUUUAAGUAAUCUGAUUCUAGUAAAGCUAAAAAAUAAGAGACUCAACUUUAGAUUUUAUCCUAAUAAAACUUUAUACUAAAGUUGUUUCUGGGCUUAGUUUCAAACAACCUCACAUUACUGUGUUUUAAAGGGAUUGAAUGGACUUCAAUAAGAAACCAGCAGCUGGUGUGUAUUAGGAGAGGGAACCAGGGCUGUUAGUUCAUGAGAUUCGUGAUAGGAACGGUUAAGACUUAAUUGAUACUGAUGCCAUUAUUUAUUGUCAUAUCAGUCCAGUCUGUUCCUGUGUUUUUAUGUGAGGAAGGAAGGCCUUGCAGGUACAUCCUCUGACUAGUUGAUUCCACUAUUUCACUAAAGUUCCUCCUGGACAGUCUCUGAAAUUAUACUGAUCUUCAGAGUGGGACUGAAAAGCCCCUCAAAGAAGCAAAAUGGCACAGGGUACAUCUUAGGAAAUCACUGGUCUCACAAAGCUAGUGGAUUUUACAUCAAGUUAGAAUAAGGUUCAAGUCUGUAUAGUGAGGACAACAUUGUAGAGUGUACUAGGGCACUACUAGGGCACAGACUGCUUCUUCUGUUCCCCAUGAUUGCUUCCUAGAUAGGACACUGAUAAGGAAAUUGAUAAGUAUUAAGGCAAAUCAUGUUGAUAUCAGUGGAACAAGUUUCCAUCUGAUCCCCAUCACUACAUAAGAGAUCAGGAGUUGGAUUCAGAAGCUUAGCAGCUGGAGUUUGGAUCAGUUCUGCUCAUAACAGAGACAGUCUGCUGAAACAAUAGAGAGGGACUUACAUCACUGAGGCUGGCCCAGACAGAGAGAUGUUUCUGCAGUUUAACAGAGUCCAGCCAUAGAUGAAACCAGCGGGUGUGUUUACGUGGACUUGAGAAUGCCGGUUAUGAACCAUGUCCUGGUUUUGAUCAUAUUUGGUGCACACACAUAGAGACUUGGUUAUUCCUAUCCCCAUAUUCAUGACAAAAAAAUUUUAAUAUCCUGGUUUCAGAUAACUGCACCUUAUUUGUGCAGACGCCUGUGAUGAUUAUCUUUCAUAACACAAACCACAGCAAUUUUGAAGCUGAGAAAAUGAGACCACUGUGGUUCAAUGUGACCAACAUGGGAUUGCAUAUUCGGCUUGUUCACCUUAUUUCCAGGUACAACAGAAGAAAGAGACAGAAAAUAUUUAACAUGGGAUUGACUGGUGUAAGUUUGUUACUGCCACCAUACAGGACAAAAGAGCAAUGGGUAAAGAUUUGCAGCUCUGACUGGAAGGACGCAGUAAUGAUGGAGUUCACUGAUUCUGAGUGGGCCAAUCAUUGUUUGGCCAAGUGCAAGUGUAGCUGCUCCAGUCAACAAAAUGUAGUUUCUUCUUCUUUUACUUCGAGUGCAAGAUUGUCACUGCCAUGUUUGUUUUGCACAGGUAGUCAGCAGCUGAAAUCAGGGGUAGAGAGUUCUCCAGGUAGCAAAAUCUAUUUUUUCCUGGACUGGGAUAAAGGCGAAACGUGCUCUCUAAAAUCAGGGUAUAAUGUUGAGAAAUAGGGUACUACAAGAACACAAUCAAACCGUCAGAUUGAGCAGAGACUGAGCGCUCUUACCAGGGCUGCAGUGGACGCCUGCUCUUUUUUCCCCCUCUGUGUCUGUUUGUUUUUACUCUUUUGAAACAUUCCCACCAUUAAUCCAUGUUUCCUGUCCCUCUGCCCUCAUAGCUUUCCCUUAUUCUCCUCUCAUUGCAGGGUGGCCAAGUCUUAUUCCUUCCUCAUUUCUUUUUUUUCUAUCUUUGUUCCCAUGGUGACAGUGGAUGCUCUCAGAAAAGUUCAACAUGUUAAAUAGUUUUAGUUUUGUAGUUUUUGUUGAAGGCAGCUGCUUGUACAUAAACACACGUAGCAUAAGUCCACGCAGCAGACAGCAGUCCUCCCCCACAUCCAGCCCCUCACUAGCACACCGACACCCCCACAUACACUUACAUAGUUUAUCUUUGCUAAUCUUUCAAAUGGCUACGUGUCUAUUUAGUCUUUAAAUCUGAGUCAAACAGGAGGACUUUUCUUCUUUUUCAACAAGGCUUUGUAUGUAGCUCCUUAUAGGAGGAUGUCUUUCUUCUUAGUUUAAAAAGAAAAUCUGUUGAUAUCGGGAAAACUAUGUCUGUGUGAUCCUGUAUCUGCAAAAUGAACAAAAAGGUUGAAGUUUGAGUGCCGGGCCAAUAACUGGCUUUAUGACUUUGUAAUAAAACACUACGAAAGAGCAACACAAGGAAGUAAAAAACAAAAAAAAACUAAGGGAGAAAAUCUAAAACUUUGUCUGAAAAGAGGAGAAGUUGUGGACUUGGAGCCAUACCAGUCCAAAUAUCUGAUUCUGUGACGUCAGCUUUUUUUUACAAGGUAUGUGUAUUGCCAAAAAAGGGACAGUGAGGGUGGAGUUUUAAGUUAUUCACCCUGGAAGUUUAAAAGAUUUCCAUUGCCAAAAAAGUUGUUUCAGUGUAAAGGAAUGGACCAAAUGCAACAAGAUUUAAACGUUAACUGUUAAAAUUACAAUGAGGAUUUUUUGACGUUCCUGAAAUCGACUGAAAAUUGUGUCAAUGCAUUUUAUGAUAUUCAAAAGCAACCAUCAGUGACAAGAUUGACUCUAUUUCUGCUGGAGUUUUUAAUGCCUAAAAUUUGUUCAAGGGGGUUGGUGUCCAUGGGGCAACUGAAGAUCAGUCCUGUUCUUACAUAUUUAUCGUCAAUUAUUCACAAUAAAUGAUUCAUUUGAUCGUCCAAAGCACUACCUGCUCAUGUAGAGGGUAAGACAUGUUCAGAAGUGCAGUGCAUGUGUGGAUAUGGCUGAGGUCUCCAUUCACAUUGAGAAUCUGAGUCUGUCUGUUCGCCACUUUCUUCUGCAUGUUAACAGAAACAUACAUGCCUAAUACGUGUCAGCCUGUCUCAGUUUCAUUCUGAAAUGCCUGGUUGCUGAACAGAUGUGCUAAACAGAGAGAUCCUGUGUUUCUGGAGUGCACAUUUGGUUCAUUCUUCCCCUCUGCAGUUUUGAAUUCAUGUGUUAGUGUUAUUCAUUUCAGGCGCUGCUGCAUAUUUCUGCAGGACCAUCAAGCCAGAGUGAAUAUUAUUCUUGUCAACUCAUCAGACUUACCAGCAGAGCAUUUCUGUGAGGGGAGAAAACAGGACAAAAUCAGAGGAGAAAGUAUCCCAAACUGAGCACACUGAUCAGCUCCUGAGUUUGACUCUGUUAAAGUGAGCCGAGUGUUUAUGAUGUGAGACUCUCAGGAGUUUAUAACCACGGAGAGUCCGACUGUCGGCUUCACAGCUCACAGCUUCCAUUGAAUUAAAGGUGUGUGCAAAUGUGCGUGCACGGGGGUGUGUAUUUUAUAUGGAUGUAUGUCUGUGUAUGUAGCAAUCAGCAUAUAUAUGUGUGUGUGUGUGCACUCACAUGAGGAAAACAAGCAGCUAUUCAGUCAGUGUGGUCUCACAUAAGUAGCUGCUUAAACCCACACACAGACCCCUUUAUACAGUGCAUGCUUGACACACACACAGACACACACACACACACACACACACACAUUCACCCAGGCCUGCAUGUGUGUGAAGUCUUGUGACGCACAAAGAUGGGUCUGAAUCUUACAGGAGAAUGUGUGUUACAUGCGUUUGAUUUCACACUUUUAAAUCUAGUGAUGACAGGUGGUUGAAGUUGUUCUCAUGCUGGAGAUUCUGAUUUGAUUUCGGAGGAAUCUCGAUCAGGAGUUUGUGCGGUCAGUGAAAGUUCAUGCUCCAAGAGACUCGGUGGUGGGGGUGGGAGGUGCGGGGGGGUUCACUGCUGCAGUUUGAGGACAGGAAAUCACCCUGACGGUCCUGAAUAGAUAAGCCUCUACUGCACAGUUUAAGGACGGGGCUGUUCUGUCUCUGUUACACCUCACUGUCUGUGUUAAAGGCUCAAAGGUGGAGUGGGUGGAGUCAAGUUGUUCCUCCAAUAGUACCAAGCAUUGUUCUGUCGAGUCAUUCUACCCAUGCUUGACUAAGCAUGUGUUUUAUGUUAGAAUAAUAAUGACAUUAAUGAUCGAUUCUUAAAUGUUAAUGGCUAACACAUACACUAGUUCCACCAUUACUUCUACCAUUCAGGAUAAUAUUGAAUAAUGCUAUAGUGCUAUAGCUUUAUAAUGCUAUACUGUUAUUGCAAUGAACGAAGAACCGUCCUAAACACUGACUUUUCAGUUUUUUUGUGCUUUUUCAAAUGGUCAUCUGAUAAGCUCCUACUUCCCUUGGUUACCUUGGUGAUUAGUUCUGCUGCAUCUAGCCUAUGUUUGGUUGGCUGGUGGAGCAACACUGGCACUUUGUUGAACCAUACUGCUAGUGGCCAGAGUGGCUAAUGAAACGCUAAAUAAACACUCCAAGUUGCAGUGGUGUCUCUCUGUGUACUCAGACGCUUCUUACUAAGCUAUCUGCUCACUGGACACAGCUCUACGGAAAGCAAACAGACUGACGUAGCGUGCUAGCUAACCACAGCUAGCAGGCUAACAUGUUACCUCUUACUGUGGAAACUGUGAGAUUCGAAUGUUAGUAGUUCUGAAACCAUGACUUUGUCAAAUGAUACCCUAAAACCUCAGACUAGCCCAUAAAGACCUUUCAUUCUUGCUGCCCCACUAAAAAGCACUAUUUUAUGGGUUUCCAUUUCCAGCUCACAGAAAGGUGAAAUAAUGUCUGUUUAUUUUUAUAAGCUGAAAAAGGGAGACACUUCAGCCUAAGUUGAAGUUUACUUUUGAGAGUCUAAAGACAGGCCUACUGGUGGUGAAUUUGCAGUUUGACCCCGGACUCCACUUUCUCCUAUGUGAUCCCAAAUUCUAUCCCUGUUAUACAGUUGAAAUGAUUAGAUGUAUUACAAAUGUUUAGUGUUUGAAAUAUCCAGUGUAUUAUUAGUGUGUGCGUGUGUGUUUAGUCAUCUGACCCCUCGUUGUACUUAAAAUGCAGUCCACUCACCGUAAAGAUGCCAUGAAACAGAGGGGGGCACUCGUAAAAUAAAACACUGUUGCCUGUAUUGCUGCAUCUUUGUGUUUUUAAGAAAUGUUCCCAUUGAAGCUUUCUGUGUUGACACUGUCCUUUUUCUGUCUCUGUGUGUUUCAGAGCGGUCUCCAGUGUACACCUUGGGGCAUAAAGGCGUCUUUAGAGCAGCAAGUAGCAGAGCUAAAUGUCAACACUGAGGUCAAACCAUCAGAUCCCCCUGCUGAUCUGGAGGACACCCCCCUCAGUCCAGGUGAAAUUAUAUAUGCUCAUGUUCUCAAACAGACUUCUUGGACCCAUGCAAGCUUAUUUUUCCAUCAUGAAAACCUGUAGUUUCAGUUUUUUUGGUACAGAUUGAUGUCACUUUUGCAGCUUUGUUUGUUUUGUUUGUGCUAACACUGAACAAAUCUCUCCUGAACCACAGAGUGAAUCACCAGAUAUUGUUCCUGAGUAUCACUUUGACUUUUUUUUUCAGAGGAUGAGUUAUCUCUGUGCUGACUCACAGUGAUAAUCAGGAGCAGUCUCUCUGCCUGCUGCAGACACUGAGGUCAUUAAGGAUGCCUUUGGGUGUCUGGCAAACAAACAUUAGAGAACAUCAUUUGAGAUGGAAAGAAAAACUGUUUUACCAUGGCAGCAGUGAUCUCAUGGUGAUGGUAAUUUAUCAACAUAAUUAUACUACAUUUGUGUGAGUGGUAAGACCACACAAGGCUUCAUGUUUGUCUUAGGGUUUACUGAUAAUGACUUGUUUAUCUGAGGAAGUAAUGUGUGACGCAGCUUAAAUGUGUACAACUAAACUCUAAUUCAGGGUCUGAUUCACGAAGUGAUUAUGCAGCUUUGUGCCAGAUAAACUAGUACUAACAGGAAGAGAUAUGGUCUAAUUCACAGAGCAUAUGGAAAGGGUUAAAUGCACCACAAGCUGUGCUGCUGAGCAAAUAGGGCCUCUGUGGGCCGAUGUUGUGAACAUCCAUUUAAAUGACUUAUUAUGGAUUUAAUUCAGAUGAUAUCAGCUCUUUUCUAUGCAAAUGAACUGAAGCCCAAAAACAUAGAACUCACAAAUGUGCUAACAACCCAAAUAGUUGAUGCACAGCAGUAAAAAAAGCAUAUACAUAUAUCAGCAGCAAUUCGGUCUCUGGGUGAUCCAGUAAUACUCUAUCCGUACAUUAUGCAUUUAAAUAUUACUGCCAUAGUAAUAAAAAUUGAUUAAAUUGGUCUGUGGCUGUCAGUUGUUCAUUUUACCUGUACCAUUACAUACAAGUGUUUUCAAUUGUUUUCUGAUCUAAAGGAGCUGUUUUUUCUAGUUCACCUUAUAAAAUUGUGUAGCACCUGUGACAUUUGGAUCACAUAAAUCGAUACUGCAAUAAAUGAAUAGUAAGAAGCAUCCUCUCUCCACUCAGCUCAUCAUAUAUGUAGAUGGAUUUCAGCACUCUCAGGAUAAGAGCUCACAGCUCUGAGCAGCAUUACAUGGAAAUCCUAACAACUCAUCUCUUCAUAGCAUGCAAAACUAGAGCAAACUGCAGAGAGCUGCAGAAGUUUAUGGUUUUUUUUUGCCUGAAUAUUGUAAGUGUGAUUUGCAUUGUGAGUUAGAGAGGUGAGAUAGACGGCAGGGGAAUUCAUGUGUAAAAAUUUCCAAUGAACUAAUCUGUGCUCUGGUUCAAAGCUGUGAUCUAUGCGGCGUAUGUUUCACUGUUACUUCUGUGAAAUGUGCCCAUCAUCUAUCAUGAGACUUAUAUGUGGACCUUUUACUGAGAGUUAGCCAAGCCAAACUUACCAGAAGUGUGUCAGUCAGUGCAGAUUUUAGAAAACUGAUUCAAUCAGAUUUAGCAAGAUACUGAGCUGACAGCAUUUUAGCGAGUCUGGCUAAGAUGUUCCUCAAAAGAGGAGAGAAAGCAGUUUAACCAUUUUCAGAGGUUUUCUCAGCUCUGAUAUAGAUAAACAAAUAAUUUUAGCAGCUAGCUGAGAUUUAUGAAGAAAACAAAGGUAAAUAUACAAAUCGUUAUAGUGAGUGUGAAAUCAAAUUCUGUUUAUAAAUUACUGUUUCAGAUCAUAAUGUAGACCCAGUCUUUGGAAAAGAAAUAAAUACAAAGACAAAAAGAGAAAAAAUUCACAGAAACUGUAACUACAGUGUUUCUAAUCACCAUGUCUUUGCUCUCUUUGUCAGGCGAGGUCCUUGUUGCCAAACACAGUAGGUCUUUUGAGUCAAUUCCCCACCCCGGACUCCCUCGCUCCCUCUCAGCCCCUGCAGGGACAGGAAAGAUGGAGGCCGGAGAUACACGGCAGGAAGACCCAAUAAAAGGCUUUCCUACUCUGGAUGCAUUAGUGGAGAUGAGGGUCGUCGACCAAAGUCAGGAAGAUUUCCAACAAACCCAGAAGGUAGAGACUUAUAUAAUUGGACUGAUCCAGCGCAGAGCCCUGCCCACACGGCCGUCAAAGCCCCGCACCAGCUUGGCUCAUGACACCCGAGCUGUUACUGUGGUGAGACAAAGUAGUUUCUGCUGCAAGGAGGAGCAACAUUCACCCAAACAGGCGUCUGUUCAAGAUCCCUCCCCUCCAUCCCAGAGUUUAGAGGAAACCGCUCCACAGCCUGGUCUUUACAUCGAUCAGGAGUGUAACCCAGGAGCAGGGUUUACUGAAAGUCCUCCACCCCCUUACCACCACCAUCACCUCCACCCAAGUGUCCAGCAUCAACCAGGGCUUUAUCACAAGCCAAGGCCAACCCCUAUGAUGAAUACCUCCUGCUCUACCAUGCUGGAUUAUCCAUCUUUUAGAGUGCUGCAAGCCCAGCCAGACUCCAGCAACAGUGAGCCUGAUUCCCCCCAACAGUACCACAGCAACCCCUCCCCUCCAGCUCCAUCCACCCCUCUCCAACCACCUUUACCUGAUGAGCAGCUGGUCAACGCUGAGUAUAUUCCAGCCCAGCCCUGCAGAGCCUCCACCAGAGCUUAUGCUCAUCACCACUCCAACCCCAACAAGGGAUCAGUGCUGCACAAACCCAACCGAAGCACUUACUCUCCGGAGAGAGGCCACCAUCAUCAUCAUCAUCAUCACCACCACCAAGAACAGCCACCGGCAGCAUCUCAGAUCCAACCCUCCAGAUCCAGGGGAGGCCCGAAGAAGUGUCGCUCCAAUGAAGACAAAAGUGGUGCCAGUAGGAAGCCGGGGAAGAAGGCCUGUAGGUCUCAGUCUGAGAACAGUCUGCAAAGAAAUCAAGAGCGGAAGUACAACACAGUCGAGAGGGACGGAGGAGGGAGUGGAAGUGGUGGAAGAGGAAGCCGCGGUAGCCAAUCAAAGAGCAAGAAACAACAACAGCACGGAGGGGGGAACUACCGCCGCUGGCAGUCCACUCAGGAGCUGAGUCAGGAUGAGGCUGACCAGACACCUGUGCAGGCUCCUGUGCAGGUCCCCUCAGCCUCAAACCAGAGAGAGCACUGUGGGAGACGUGCACGCAAAUCUCGCCCUGCACACGCUCCAUAUGCCUACCAACACCACCACCACUCCCACCACCAUCAACACAUGGAGUACCUGUUAGAGAGGGACCCUGUGCCCCUGUGUCCCCAGCCGAGUGAGGAUUACCCUCACCAGGGUCAGGGAGAGACUGAGUCCAGCAUGAGUGAAGCUGACUCUCCAGACUCCAGCUCUCUGUCCAGUGACUCAGAUGAGAGUGGCGGUCUGGUUUGGCCUCAGCAACUACCCCCUCAACUUUCCCACCCAUCACCCGCGGCUCCAUCUGGAGCCUCUCUGCAGCCCAAGGCUUUUGUCAAGAUUAAGGCUUCCCAUGCCCUAAAAAAGAAGAUCCUACGCUUCAGAACUGGUUCUCUGAAAGUAAUGACCACUGUUUGA